AAGCCACGGUCACUCUAUCUUCCUCGUUUGAACUGCACGUGUUGACUAUUUCGUUCGGUGGCUUAAACCUUUUUAUAACAUUUCCAAAUAAUGGCUGAAGAAGGACCUCCCGAGGCAAGCAUAGACUUUGUGCCCGCACUGUGCUUUGUGCCACGGGGCGUGGCCAAGGACCGUCCCGACAAAAUCGUACUGACGCAUGAGGAGCUAGCGAGGAUUAUCGGCGACACGCAGCAGGAAUUGGAUGAGGAGAGCGACGAUGAAGCGGUGGAGGGCGCUGACGCCGAUGGCAUGGAUGUGGAUGACCACGAGGAUGCCAACAGUGAAAACCGCAAUCCCCAAGACGAAUAUCAGUUCCAGGAGUACGACAACGAAGAAAAUGCCACAGUCACUAGUCUAGCCAACAUUGUAGAUGCCGGAGAACAAGUUCCCGAUGAGGACGAGGAUUCUGAGGCUGAGGACGAGGUGAUCAAGCCCAGCGACAACCUGAUUCUUGUGGGCCACGUCCAGGACGACGCUGCAUCCAUGGAGGUUUGGGUGUUUAACCAGGAAGAGGAGGCUCUUUACACGCACCACGACUUCUUGUUGCCCAGCUUUCCGCUCUGCAUUGAGUGGAUGAACCACGAUGCGGGAAGCGACAAGGCGGGCAACAUGUGCGCCAUCGGCUGCAUGGAUCCCAUUAUCACCAUCUGGGACUUGGAUAUCCAGGACUCCAUUGAGCCCACCUUUAAAUUGGGCUCCAAGGGCAGUCGCAAGCAGAACAAGGAGCAGUAUGGACACAAGGACGCCGUGCUGGAUCUGUCGUGGAACACCAACUUCGAGCACAUUCUGGCCAGUGGCUCUGUGGAUCAAACGGUGAUCCUGUGGGACAUGGACGAGGGACAACCGCAUACCACCAUCACUGCCUUCGGUGAGAAGGUUCAGUCGCUGGAGUUCCAUCCCACAGAGGCACAGAGCAUCCUGACCGGCUGUGCCGAUGGAUUUGUGAGGCUCUUCGAUUGCCGCGAUGCCGAUGCGGUUAACUCGUCCAGCGUCCAAUGGAAGGUCAAAGGAGAGGUUGAGAAGGUCCUGUGGCAUCCCACCCAAAAUGACUACUUCAUUGUGGGCACCAACGACGGUAGCCUUCACUACGCCGACAAGCGAUCGCCCGGCCAGGUGUUGUGGUCCAUCAAGGCGCACAACGAGGAAAUCUCCGGGGUGUGCUUCAACAGCCAAAUGCCCAACCUACUGACCUCCACCUCCACGGAGGGGACUCUAAAGGUGUGGAACUUCAACGGCACGGAGGCGAAGCACGUCUACGAGCACGAGUUCAACAUGGGUCGCCUGCAGUGCAUGCGCCAGUGUCCGGAGGAUCCCUACACCCUCGCUUUUGGCGGCGAGAAGCCUCCGCGAUGUGCGAUCUUCAACAUCAAGAACUCGGUGGCCGUUCGCCGGACGUUUGGCAUCGCGGAUGCCGAGUAGUUAAUGCUUUUAGCUGCGUAUUCAUUGGUGUAUAUGCUUUGUAUGACUUUUAAAUAAAUAUUAUAUUAUAAGGAUCCGAAAAA